AUGGACAAUCUUUCCGACUUCGGAGGCCCAUGUCCUUCCAGCCGCAGAGACUGGGAUUCCAGCAGCUGCAUCGAUGAUUUGAUGGACGAAGAUGAGAAGGACAGGGCAAAAAGGGCAUCCCGAAACAAAUCAGAAAAGAAGAGAAGAGACCAGUUUAAUGUUCUCAUCAAGGAGCUAUGCACCAUGCUACAGGGCCAAGGACAUCCUCGCAAAAUGGACAAGUCCACCAUACUACAAAGAACGAUUGACGUUUUACAGAAACAAAAAGACAUCAGCGCACAAAAUGAAACGUGUGACGUGAGACAAGACUGGAAGCCUUCUUUCCUCAGCAAUGAGGAGUUCACCCAGCUCAUGCUCGAGGCACUAGAUGGUUUCUUAAUAGCGUUGACUACAGAUGGAAACAUCAUCUACGUGUCGGAUAGCGUGUCGUCACUUAUUGGACAUUUGCCGUCAGAUAUGGUGGACCAAAAUAUCUUAAAUUUCCUCCCGGAGCGGGAACAUGGAGAGGUGUAUAAACUGCUAUCAUCCCAUAUGCUGAUGACUGACCCCAUUGCUGCUGACUUCCUGGCCAGUGAGGCGCAUGUGGAAUUUUGCUGUCACCUUGCCAGAGGGAACAUUAAUCCAAAAGAGCCACCUGUGUACGAGUAUGUCAAGUUUGUCGGAGACUUCAAGUUUCAUAACAAUGUGCCUACAACUUGUAACGGGGUUGAACUGACGUUACCCAGAAGCCUGCAGUCGUCGACGGAGGAGCAGGUCUGCCUCAUUGCUACUGUACGUUUAGUCACGCCGCAGUUUUUGAAGGAUUUGUGUACCGUGGAUGAUCCUUGCGACGAAUUCACGUCAAGACACAGCCUCGAAUGGAAGUUUUUGUUUUUAGAUCACAGAGCUUCCCCAAUCAUAGGAUAUUUACCAUUCGAAGUGCUUGGAACAUCCGGCUAUGAUUACUAUCAUGUGGAUGACUUGGAGCUUAUAGCAGAAUGUCAUAAGCAAUUAAUGCAGUUCGGAAAAGGUAAAUCCUGCUAUUACCGCUUUUUGACGAAGGGUCAACAAUGGAUCUGGUUGCGGACGCACUACUACAUUACGUAUCAUCAGUGGAACUCCAAACCCGAGUUCAUUGUGUGUACGCACACUGUUGUCAGUUACGCGGAAGUACGAGCGGAACGGAGGCGAGCCUUUGGCCUGGAGGAGCUGUCUCCUCCUGAGAUCGCGCCCUCUUCUGUGAAGGCUCAGGAGCUGUAUUUGGACAUGUGCUCCACACUGGACCCGCCACGAGAAAGAAACAGCGGCACACGUUCCGUAUCCUCCCACAGCUCUCGGAAGUCCUCCCACACGGCUCUGUCAGACUCAGCGUCAGCCAACUCAUACACAGAGACUUGCACACGGUCAUGGCAGUCCGCUUCCAUUGGGACCGAGAGGACGCCUGCCAGAUUACAAGUUGGGAGUUCAAAGAAUUCCAUCCAAAGACAAAAUUCCUUUGACCUGGUGCCCCAAAUGAGCCUCCCCCAUUCUCCUCCAUGCAGCAAGAACGCAGCGAUGCAACAGCAAACGCAGCAACAGUCGCCCAUGUUCCAGCUGCAGCAGCCUCAGCUGGGUGUCAUGAACCAACUAAAGGAGCAACUGGAGGAGAGGACGCGCAUUCUGCAGGCCGAUAUAAAGACGCAGCAGCAGGAGCUGCAUGACAUCAAGGAGAAGCUUCAACUGGCUAAUCUUCAGAUGUUGCUGCAGCAGCCUAUCCACAGUGAAUUUGGUCAGCAGCCUCAGCAGCAGGGCCCAGGCAGGCCGGCCUCACAGAGCCAAUCAGGGAUCACCAGGCAGCACGCGGUCCACCCAAAAGCGCCGUCCUGCAGAGCCCAUAGUUCGUCCCCUCACUCGCUUCUAAGGGAGAACGCUUCUCCCUCGGCACAGGUCCAACCGAGGAUCUCUCGGAGUGGCCAGGUUCAGUCUGUGAGCUUGCCCAUGCAGACAAACACCAGCUUGACCAUGCCAUUUUACACCAACCCCAUGAUGUUCUCUCAGACCAACACGAGGCAUGUACAUGAUGCAAACCAAAGACACACGGACAACGACUUUAGUCAAGACGGACAACUACGGAUGCUCCUGAACCAGCCAAUGCAGACACUGGUCCCCAGCAGCAGUGGGUCCACGCAGCCCUCCCAGCAGUGUAACAUGGGCAUUCCCCAAACCAUAUACACGCUGGAGCAGCAGAUCAUCGCGCCCUCGUUCCCCGUGCAGCAGGUCAACUGCAACGCCGUGCUGGUGCCCUCUCAGGUGUUCACGUCACCUAUCAUGAUCCCGCACAACAGCUUCAUCUCGCACCAGUCGCAGCAAAGCUACCAGACUCAGCCUCAGGCCACCCAGCACUCCCUACAACUGCAGCAGCCCCAGCAGUUCUUUCAGAUGACUCAAGGACUCGUGCACAGCGGCUCGACGCCAUCAUUCUUACACACCGCCAACAUCUCGCAACAAGGCACCGUGGGAUACAUCCAGCAGCAGCCGACGCCGCAAACCCAACAGCCGCAGCCGCAGCAAAGACAAUACCAACAUUCCCAAACCCAGAACGCUAAUGUUUCAGACUUCAGGAACAUGCUAACGCGGUAG